AUGCCCGUCGUGGGGAAGGUGACCCAGGCUCCCGUAGGUAAAGUUUAUCAGCAGAUCUUCGAGGCAGAGAUGCAGCUCGUCCACUCUUUGGCGACCAGCAGGAGGCGGGCUGUGGAGCGUUUCUUGAGUGGCAAGGGUGUCAGGAAACCCUUGAUGGAGAAGAUGGACAUCCCCGAAGGGAAGAUAAUGACCCGUCGGCAGCAGAUGUGGGCACACAGCCUGUCUAACGACGGGAUCACAGAAAACCCUGUUUACUACAGGGAACAGAAACUAGCCGAGAAGGAGAAGGCUCAAGAGAGUGAGAACACCAUCGCUGCCCGGGAAGUGCAGGGUCUCCUGGACAACGUAGUCCCCGAGAGGGUGGGCAAGGUCUUUCAAGUGGACCACAUGAGGAGGAACUUCGAGGACGCUCUGAGCAGUUUUAAGAAGGAGAUGGCACAGAUCGGAAUGGAAAUGGAACCACUCAUCUUGGGGCCAGGAGCACGCUUUUUAAAAAAACUGAACAAAUCUGAUGCUGCCAUCGACAGUCUCUUCAGAAAGAUGGAAAAUGACAAGGACCUCAAAGACUAUUCCAUCCAGCCCCUCAUGGAGCUGUGGGAUCAGGUGGCCAUGAAGUUCGCCCUCCAGAAGCAGGAUAUUAAGGCUCUGGAUGAAACCUUGCAUCUGCUUGAGUUCUCCCGGACUGACAAACUAAAAGGCGUGCUGAAAAAGUAUCUGAGGAUCCUAGAGAAAACGUCCUACCUCAUGCAGCGAGACGUGAACUGGCUCAUCACUAAGGAAGCCAUGGUCAUAAACCAAGCCCUGCUGGGCAACCGGAGGGCCAUCGCGCAGCUGGUGGUCAACCUGAUGGAGGCCACGCUGCAGCAGGAGGUGGGGAGCCGCCACCGCUGGCAGGACCUGCUGGGCACCUGGAAGAAUCUCAAGAAGGAGAUGCUGGCGCAGGACUUCAGCAAGUUCAUGGCCAGUGAGAGGAUUCAGGACCCUCCAGGCGUGAGGAAGGAGAUGGAGACCAUGAUGAAAAAACAGAAACUCCUGCAGGAACAGCGGCUGAAGCACCUCUACAGCAUCUGUGACCUUCUGCCCCCCAAUUACAGCCGAGCUCAGCUGAGCGAGUGGCAGUCUUCUCUCAAAGCCUUGAACAGGAACCUCGAUUCCUACCACAUGGAGUGCAUGACGCAGAUCCACCUGCAGUACGAGAAGACCUGGCAGGAGUGCCUGGCCUACGUGCCCAAGUGCAAGAAGCAGCUGCUGGAGUGGACGUCCUUCACCGAGGAGGAGGCCGAGGCCCUGGUGAACCCCAGCUUCUACCAGGCGGUGGGCGUGCUCCAGAGUAGAGUGGAGGAGGGGCUGGCGUCCCUGGAUAAAUCCUUUGAGACCCUGGCCAAGCAGAUGGAGCAGCAGAGCACUAGCCUCUUCAGCUACUUCCAGGAGGCCAUCCAGCUGUGGGAGACCCACCAGAACAUGCUGUCGGUGCGGGAGCUGGAGCUGGAGAAGAGGAUGGAGCAGCAGCGGCACAAGCACAAACUGGAAGACCAGGUGCAGGAGGCCCACCUGGACAAAAUCUUGGACAAACUGAGGCAGCAAAACCACGAGGAGACAUUGAAGUAUCACCUGGAGAAGGCCCUCACUUUCCUGAAGGAUAUGCAAGCCAGGUAUAAGACGUUUCACAUCCUCCUGAAAAACGAGGCCAUCCAUUACCCAAGAAUCAUCCUGAAAGAACUCAACGCCUACAGCAUCUCCCUCAGCAGAUACUUCUACGUGCGCGAGAUCUUUGAACAGAACUCGAAUGGGGAAGUCAUAUUCAGAAUCAGGGAACCAGAAGCACAUGAAAGAGACCUCCGGGAGAGAAUGAGGAAACAGAAGGAAAAAGGCUCUGUUGAACUGAACAAACUAGGGCGAAAGGGGGGCGAGGAGAUGGAGGAGAAGCAAGAGGAAGUGGAGGAGCAGGAGACAGAUGAAGAGGAGAAUGCAGAGGAAGAGGAGGAGAAAGUCCAGGAAGAAACUGAGAGUGUGUCUGUGAAUGAGUUCCUAGAGGAUUCUCAGGUGGAGAUCCCUCAAGAAGACAUGGAGUUCUUCACAACCUCGAGUGGGAACACUUACUUUGUCUUCCUGUUUUUGGAUGAAGAUGAAGACUACUAUAACCUGAACAUGGAUGCCCCCUAUGCUCAGUUGCUAGAACAAGUGUUCAUACCAUCCUCAGUCAUCUCAGAAAUUAAGAAACAGCUCAGAAGUGGCUUCUUUGAGCACCUGGAGAAGUGGUUUGACCAAUAUUCCCUCAAUACCCGGAUCGUCGUGGCCACGAAGGUCGAUGUGCUAGACUCAGAACUGGAGCUGCGUCUGCACCUGCACCAGCCCAAGGCCCAGAACAUAAAACAGGACAUCUAUAAUGUCAGGGCAGCGGAGCUCUUGCUUCACCAAGAGCGGCUGGACCGCCACUGCGCAGGGGUGGUGGAGGGCCUGAGGAAGGAGCAGCUGAUGUUCUACCAGUUCCAGGAAGAGCAAAACAUCAAGAGCAAGACCUUCCACAGCAAGGUCGACGACAUGGAGCUCCUCAUCUUGAACACCACCAAGAGCCAGAGGCUGCUCUCCCUCAGCAGCAGCCUGCAGAGGGAGCUUCUGGGCUACGUGGACGUGGUCCAGGUGUCCCUGCGCAGCUUCCGCCAGUACCUGGAGGAGAGCCUGGGCAAACUCCGCUACACCAACAUCGAGUUCAUCAAGCAGUGCAGAUUGUUUUCAGAGGGAGGCAACUUUUCUAUUGAAGAAAUGGAGACCCUGUGUCAACGGCUGGAGAAGGAAGCUUCUCGGAUCGAGUCCGUUGAAAAUGCGAUCAUGAUCAACAUGGAGAAGAUGGAGAAUGAUUACAUGGACCAGGCCAGUGAUGUCAUCAACAAGUUUGAAACUAAGUUCCAGAACUUGUAUGCAGACCUUUUAUUCUUAGAGAAGAUCCAGCGGUUGCUGACAAACCUACAGUUGCACAUCAAGUGUGAGGUGGCAAAAUCCAAUUUGCAAACGGAUGGAUUAAAUUCUUGUCUGGAACAGCUUCAGAGCAAGGUAGAAAUGUGUCGUAGCUCACCAGCAGAUAAAGUAAGUAUAGUGACCACAGAGGACCUCCAUGACUUUGUCCAAAGCUGGAAAGAAAAACUGGACCAGAGGAUUCAGUACCUCAACUGCCUGCUGGUCUCCACACAAGUCAACUUCAAUGACAAUGUCAUAAAGAACUCUGAUAUAGAGAGUGACGAGCCAGUGUCCUCUGACGUUGCUGAAGAUGAGGCCAUCAUGGACCAGUUGAUCCCCGAGUCCUUCAUCCAGCCGAGCCGCAUCGGGAAGUCCAUGAUAGAUGAUCCGGCUCUGGAAGUGAUCAAGAAGAUCCUACAACCCAUCUCAAAAAGCUUGUCCCAUCAGUAUGAGAUGGACCGGGCACAGACAGCCUUCAAGCACCAACGGCCUCGACAGGAAAUAUUGACAAGGAAGACCAUGUCCAUUGCCAGUGCCUACUCCUUGGGCAGGAUGCAGAGCAUGGGGGGCGAAGUCACGAUGCCCCACCACUACCCCCCGUACACCAAGACCAGCCGGAUGGAAAAGAAGUUCCAGGUGCUUGGAGAGAAGCCGCCUCGCUCUGAAGAUUUUAAAGGGAUCAUCCUGAGCCUCCUCUGGGACAGUCAUGAGCACCUGUUGGCCGUUAUGGAGGAGUUUUAUCAUAAGGAGAAGCACUCGACCACCAGGUCUGAAUUCGUGCAUGAAAGCUUCGAGCAGUGCUCAGAGAACGUGGCCAGGAAGAUCAUGGAGUACUACAGCGACACGAAUGACUAUCACAACUCCUGCCUCAUUGAAUUACGGGCCCAGAUGAGGAGAUUUGAGGAAUUUCUGCCCCAAGUCUGUUGGCUAACAAUGGAGAACUUCAAGGAGAACCACUGGAAAAAGUUUUGUGACGGCGUCGAGGAGAUCUGGAACCAAUUUACUCAUCAUCAGAAGCAGCUGGAGAGAAGGAAGGAUAAAAAUUUCCAGAAACUCCAUCCAAAUAUUGGACACCCGGCAAACAGCCAAGAUAUGGAGUCUUUAUGUCAAGUGGAAGAGAGACGGCAGAAAGAUUUAGAAGGGGAGAUCAGAGCAAGCACAGAGAAGCUGGAGGAGUUCACCAAGAAGUCCACCAUGCUUUUCAUAAACAACCUGGCCAUCUUCACUGAGAAAUUCCUGAUGCAACUGGACGAAGUGGUCACCACUGAUGAUAUCCAGACUGCGAAGGUGUAUCCCCCCAGACAGAAGAUAUCCAUCCUCAUCCGGAAGAAGCUCGCGGGGCUCCCCAUGGAGGAAGAGAUCGAGAAGCCCCUGAUUGAGCGGGGGGCCGGGAAGUGGCCAGGACUGAAACCAACCCCCUUCACCAUCCAAGCCAAGAUCUUCCUGCAGAAGACACCAUCCAUCAGCACCACCAAAACCACACUGGGCCACCUGGCGGCCGUAGAGGCCCGUGAUGCUGUCUACCUGAAAUAUCUAACAUUGCUUGAGGAGAAGUUAAAGAAGAUCCAGGAUGAAACCGCAUUACUGAUAAAGAGGGCGCAGAGCUGGAAGGAGAGCUGGCAACGCUCAGUGAAAAUUCUCCGGAGCCUGUACUUGUGA